AUACAGUCUACUCCCUUUUCUCUUUCCUCACACACCUGAAAGUCACAAAAAAUCAACCCCCACAAAUAUUAUAAAAAAAUAAAAAAUCAAUGAGUUUGAAUUUGAACUUGAAUUUGCCGAUAAUGAAAUCUACUACUAGUUCCGUAGUAGAAGAGAAAUUCAGGUCAUACUAUGAAUCAUGGGUAAAACAACUUGAAAUCCACCUCCAACAGCUUGUUUUAGGCCGUCAACCUAACCACGACAUCGUCGUCGCAACCAUGACUGCUCAUCAUAAGGACUACUACACUGCUAAGUGGGCCGCUGCUCACGACGACAUCUUGGCAUUCUUCUCACCUCAAUGGGAAAGCCCGCUCGAGUCCGCCUUUACUUGGGUCACAGGCUGGAAACCCUCAAUGGCUUUCCGCCUCGUUGACUCACUGAGGCGAACUCGAGCCCCGCUUACUAGCCUUGCUCAACUCACUGAUGAACAGGCGAAGAAGAUCUCGGAGUUAGGGGUGAAGAUUAGGCUGGAGGAGAAGAAAGUAGAGAGGGAGUUGGAGAGACAACAAGUGGCUAUGGGUGAUUUGAAGAUGGUGGAGUUAGCUCGUGUGGCGAGUCGUGUAGAUGUCAACGAGACAAGCCGAGUUGAUGAAUUGGUGAGUAAGGCGAUGAAAGGGAUGUUGGAAGGAUUAGAGAGGGUUAUGAAAAUGGGUGAUUAUGUUAGGCUUAAGACUUUGAAAGGUGUUUUGGAUCUUCUUAAUCCAAGGCAAAAGCUUGAUUUUUUGGCUGUUUUUGCUAUGAUUCAAAUUCAGAUUAGGAAAUGGGGAAAACAAAAGGCUGCUAAUAAUGCUCUUAAUCUCAUCACUUUAGUUUAAUCAUAGUUCGCCCAGGUUUGAUUAAUUACUUUUUUUUAAUAAUUUUCUAGUACUAAUUUUUAUCUACCUAGUUAUGUUUUCGUCUUUUGGAUCACUGUCUAUGAUAAACAAAGACAGCCCGGCUAAUUAAGUUUAUUUUGGAUCUCGUUAUAGUCUCAUCUGAAUUCUCAAGUACGUACUUUCUCCCUUUUUUCCUUCUAAAUCAUAUCUCUAAAUAAAGCUAGUUAAUUAAAUUUAUGUCCAAAUAAAUAUUUUAUUUUCUCGUCCCAAUUUGAGUACUCUCAUAUAGGAGGGUGAAUUGAUUUUAUUAAAAUAGUUAUGGUUUGAUCAACGCGGGAUUUUAAAAUAGUGAAUCCAUUUUAUCAAAACAAAAUGGAAGUGGGUUAGUGGUUUAGUAGGUUACUAUUUAUUGUAUGGAAGACUUGACUUUUUAAUGGCUACCAUAAAAAUGGUAGCCACCGCAAUAAAAUAAAUGUCAGUCUUUUAUUUGUGUAUUUGUGUUGACUCCUCAGACUCGUAGAUUAUGCUGACUUUUUAUUAAUAAAAAUGUAUUUUAUUUUCAAACAAAAAAAUAGAAAUCCCCCAUUACCUUCCCCCA